AUUGAGUUAUUAAAAACUAUUUUAGUUUUCAAUUUAAAUACAAUCGUUUGGUUAAUUAAAGAUUAUUGAAAAAAUUAUUUUUAAAAUUUCUUAAGUGGAAGUGUUAUAACCUGAAAAUUCUCAAUUGUUAAUUGCAAAAUUGUAUAAACUUCCUGGAGUGUGUGAAAAAAUAUCAGAAAAUUUUCAAUUUUAUUGCAAUCUAGUGUCAAUAUCUGGAUUGCUAUCAAAAUUGUUAGUACAGGUUAGAGAAGAAUAUCGCAAUACUGCGAAGUUUCGUUGAAAACGCGAUUCUUGGAGGAUUUGCUUUUUAGGGUCGAGGGUCAUUUUUGAAAAACCUUCAGGGCACGAAUUUCUCCACCUGGUUUCAAGAAAAUGGAAAUUGAUGCCGAUUAUUCGUUUGCUUCGACGGGCGGCAACUAUUAUAAUGACUACUCGGACAAACGAUCAGGAGAUGUCGAGUUGCGCGGUUCUAAAUUAUAUAAAACCUGCGAUUGCAUAAAACGCAAUGGACUUCAGAUGGACUGUCAAAGAACUGAAUGCAUUGGUAGAUCUUGUGGCAUGUCACCUGGUGCUUCUUGUAAUCCAGGUGCCAGCGCACGUCGCUUAGCAGACCAUGUAAUGGGGAAAGGCGGACAGCUCUUCUACCCACACAAUACAGCAGUCGGAAUGCAGGACGUUUGUGUACCAGAAGCAAAUCUGCGUGGUGUGGCUGCACAGUAUUCGAUGGGCGGCGUCGGUGAUGGGAAUUAUAUACAGCCUGACGCAAUGAAUUACCAUAACAAUUACGGUGGACCCGCCGAAGCAUAUACGCAAUUCAUGCCUCCACCUCAAGCCGCGCCAUAUGGAGCUUGCCUGCCAUCGGGUGAAGUCGCGGGUGCCAAUCAGUUUGCAGAUUAUGGACCAACAAAUAUAGCUCAAAUGAGUGGAAUGCCAUUCGGAGAUUACGCUCAGGGUUAGGAGUGAGUAAGGAGUUCAUGUCCAAAUAUACAAUGAAAUUGUGGGGAAAUGCGUGCUCCUUACGAAGCUAAAAUAUGGAAUUUGAGAGUGUAUUGUUUAGUUAAUUCGUUAUAACACUUGGUCAAAUUUGAAUAAAGUUU